AUGUCAUCGUCGUCCGUAUCUGAUGGAAUUCGCAAAUUUGCUACACAAUACUCGACUUAUACUGGUUGUAUGAUAUUUAGUUUUGGAGUUAUUGGUAAUGUGUUGAGUCUUCUCGUUUUUACUCAAUUGAAACUAUUUCGAACUAAUCGAUGCGCAUUCUAUAUAACUAUUGAAUCAAUUUCCAACUUAAUUUAUCAGUUUUUAUCUAUUAGUGUAACUAUUUUAACAACAGUAUAUGGAGAUGAUGCAACAGGACGUUCUUCAAUUUGGUGUAAACUCAGAUACAUAUUGGCACAAAUGUGUGCGCUUACUACUCUUUAUAUGAUAUGUUUUUCUGCUGUUGAUCAAUUCUUUUCGACAAAUUAUCGUUUCAACUUACGACAAAUGUGUACAUUGAAAUUGGGUCGAUAUACUUCGUUUAUAUUCAUUUGUUUUGUAAUCAUUCAUAGCAUCGCACUUGGCUCUUCUUAUGAUAUUCAACCAACAUUUGGAUGUGUCUUAUCGAAUUAUGUAUGGAUUCAGUAUUCAACAUAUUUCUUUUAUCCAGUUUUAGAUGGUCUUCUACCUAUUGUAAUUGCAUCAUCAUUUAGUAUCUUAGCUUAUCAUAAUGUUCGUCAUAUAAUUCGACGACAACUACCAAUUGUUCGUCGUAAAUUAGAUAAACAAAUAACAGCAAUGGUUCUUAUGCGUGUGAUAGCCUUUGUUUGUUUGGUAUUACCUUAUAUUACUUAUCGCAUCUAUGCCAUUAAUUUUCCUACAUCACAAAGUAUGCCUAUGGCAUAUGCAGUUGGUCGAUUGAUUCAAGCAAUUUUUACUUCUAUCAGCAUUAUAAAUUAUGUUGUAAAUAAGUUUUCUUUUCUAAUUCAUAGUUUAUUCUCAUCACGUUUUCGUCGCCAAGUGAAAAUUGUUCUAGUAAAAAAAUGUUGGCAACGAUGGAAAUAUUGGUGUUGCUCAGUAAAUAAUCGAAUUGAACCUGACAACAAUAUCGAACUCCGCAAUUCACAAGCAGAAUCUGUUGAAAAUAUCUAA